GGUAACCAUGAAUAAAUUCCAGGAAGGUCUGCAACAGCAGCGUCGACUUAUUGAGCAGCUUCGAUGUGAAGCUCAGAUCACUCGCUUCAGAGUUUCUCAAUGCAUUGACGACCUGCAGAAGUAUUGUGAUUCUCAUAUUGAGGAGGAUUACCUCAUUAGUGGCUUUAGCAAGCCCAGUGAGAAUCCCUUUAAAGAAAAAGGAAGCUGUGCAAUAUUAUAAACAUUUUUACUCUGUGUAAAAACAUUCAAUUUCAUGGUCUGAAUUCCAUUUAUCACUUGGAUUGAUUGCAGAAAAUUGAUGUAUAGUAUGCUUCAAUUAAUUUUAUUAAGCAAAAUUUUGGCAGUUUACUUUUUCAAUUCAAUUAAGUUUUUGGAAAAUUUUAUAUUUUCCUUCACAAUUAACUAAUACGCAGUAAUGGAGAAAAUAGUUCGUCCUGAAAAGAGGCUGAUUGAUUUUGUCAAGUGUUCAAAUCGAUUUCAUAAUCAUGCAUUCAUUAAAAUUUAAUAUCUGUUUUCUUUCAAUUUUACUGUAACCUCUCUUCAUAGCUAAGGUACUAUUGAGUUAUUAAGAACACUUUUUAGCAUGUCAUGAUUAUUAAAAGUUCAAGGUAAAUAUCUCAUCAUAUUUACCAAUGAUA